AUGUCACCCCGGCUGAUGGGGCUGCCCACGCAGCUCGCAAAAUUUGCUACUCGACCACUCCAACAGGCAUCUCCUCUCGCCUUCCUCCUUCCGCAAUUCCAGCAAACCCGCAAUGCUUCCAUCCUAGCCUCCCUCUCCGACAACCCGACAGCCUACAACAAGCGCAUCCGUCGAGGUCGUGGUCCCUCGUCCGGCAAGGGUAAGACCUCCGGUCGUGGUCACAAGGGACAAGGCCAGCACGGAAAGGUCCCCGCCUUCUUCAAUGGUGGACAGACCAAGGACAUCAUCGUCCACGGCGAGCGUGGCGGUGUCAACAUCUUCUCCGUUGAAAUGACAACCGUCAAUCUCGACCGCGUCCAGUCCUGGAUCGACCAAGGUCGCCUCUCCUCUAAAGCCCCCAUCACAAUGAAAGAACUUUACAAAAGCGGCUGCAUCAGCCGACCAGUCGACGGCGUGAAGAUCCUCGGUGACGGCGCCAGCGCCCUAAAACAACCCAUCCACGUCGUCGCCUCGCGCGCCUCCGCCUCCGCAAUCGCCGCUAUCGAAGCCGCCGGCGGAACCGUCACAACACGAUACUAUACCCCCUCGUCUAUCCGCCGCAUCCUGGAUGGCGAGACACACUCCUUCCUGUCUGAGCGGUGGGCGCGGGAGAGCGGGUCCGAGGAACUGUACCAGAUCGCGCGGGUGGGCCGCAAGAAGGUCUGGGAGACUUGCUUGGAACGCAACCAUAUGAAGUUCCGUCUGCCGGAUCCUACAAAGCGUAGUGAUAUUGAAUAUUACCGUGAUCCGGCGCAUCGGGGUUAUCUUGCGCAUUUGCUUAAGCCGCGUGAAGGCCCCAGUUUGUUCUUCCGUUCUUCUGAGGAGAGGAAGUCUGCUGCGGGUACUAAGAAGGAGAAGAUUUUGCCUGAGAACAGGCUUUGGUAG